UAAUACCAACGCACGUACAGAUUUGGCGGUUUUUAAAUUACCUAAAUUUUUUUAACCAAAUCAUAAAAUAAAAUAAUUUAUUUAAUAACCUUACCCUCUAAUAAAGAGGCUCAUUAGUGUGACUUCUGCUGUGGUGGUGUUAUAGAUGGUUGAAUUUACUCCUAUGCAGUUAGAGAAGUUAACAGAAUUAUUAAGGACACCCGAGCCAGAUGUCUUGCAGGGAGAUGAUCUGCCGAGUAAAGGUUGCGAAAUAACGUCGAACAGAGACAAAGUUCCAAAUGAACAAAAAGGUUGUACUAAGACUCCGAAAACCAUUGAAGAGUUUGAAGCUCAAGAGGCUGAAGAAGCUGAGAAACUAGGUCAAGUGGGCGCUGGGUUAAGUGACAGAAAGACUCCUGUGUAUACGAUGAAUUACCAACAAGCCGUUACCGCUGAGGAUGUCUUUCUUCAGAUUGGUCCCAAGACGACGGGGUCUGCAAGUUGCGAGAAUUUGAUCGUCAGAAUUAAAAUGCCAGGAGACAAGAAAGAGAAUGUUGAUUUAUCCGUGGAGACGGGCAGAGUGACUGUCAGUUCAUCGCAGCAUUAUCUCCUACUAGGGCUACCUCAUGCUAUUAACCCCGACACGUCUAAUGCAAGCUGGGAUUCUUCAGAAGAAACUCUGGUUCUCACUCUGAAGCUAGACAGAGAAUUCGAUUUUAUUAACUUUUAAGUUAGUCAUCGAAUACAGUAAUAUGUAUGAAAUAUUU